GGCGGGUAUUGGUGACGUCACACAGCGUUGUGGGGAGGAGGCUGCAGAAACAUUCUAGGAUUUUCACGACAUCCUUGCGUCCCACUUUCCACACCAGCGUUAGGAGCUCUCCCUAACUGAUCAGACCCUGUGGAAUGGAGGAAAAGGAAAGAUGCAGUAGACACGUUACAUGGCUGUAAUAUAAAAGCUGCUGCGUAUCCGGCAUUACCUAGUGAAAAGCUUUACCGACCUCACUGUGAUACUUUGCCCAAGGCCAGAGUAUGGAUUAUACUUUCCAACACCUACACUAGUGUGCUGCAUUCAAGUCAAGGGACUUUUUGCUUUGCUACAGCCGUGACCUGAUUGUGAGCCCUCACCAUGAGCUGCGUGCCAUGGAAAGGGGACAAGGCAAAAUCUGAAGCAGAUGGACUAGAGCCUCUCCCUGCUCAGAUCUACCAUGAGAAGCAGCGCCGGGAGCUGUGCGCCCUCCACGCACUCAAUAACGUCUUCCAGGACGCUGGGGCCUUCACCCGUGAAGCUCUGCAGGAAAUAUUCCAAAGGUUAUCACCCAACACUCUGGUGACUCCUCACAAAAAGAACGUGCUGGGAAAUGGGAAUUAUGACGUGAACGUAAUUAUGGCGGCUCUGCAGACCAAGGGCUACGAAGCCGUGUGGUGGGACAAGAGAAGGGAUGUCGGUUUGAUCUCCCUCUCCAAUGUAACUGGGUUUAUUAUGAACCUCCCCUCCAGCCUCUCCUGGGGCCCAUUAAAACUCCCACUGAAGAGGCAGCACUGGAUAUGCGUGCGGGAGGUGGCAGGCACCUACUUUAAUCUCGACUCCAAACUAAAGAGGCCGGAAAAGAUUGGAAAUGAGGAGGAGCUAAGGCAUUUUUUCCAGCAACAGCUUAGAGGCAAAAACUGUGAGCUGCUUUUAGUGGUGCCGGAGGAAGUUGAAGUUAAUCAGCGCUGGCGGACUGACCUGUGAUCAACCUUGUACUGAAUAUUUUUUUUUUUUUUUAUUCACUACAAUUUCUAUAUCCUAUGGUUGACAAUCUCUGUUUUGGACAACAUCUCACUUCCUCCAGAAAAGAGGGUGACAAUGAACCAUGUUUAUUUUUUUUCUCUUACCGUGCAAUAAGGAGGAAUAGAUUAGGGGAUACAAUUACAGGGUGUGCAUGGAUGGGGUAUUUCAUCUCAGUAAGGUUAUCAGAGAUUGAUGUUCUCAAACAGUUUUCUUUGUCUUGUUAACUGUUGAGGCAUUGGUGUAAGAAGUGGGAUACCUGCAGACUUCAUUGAUGGAUAUUGUUACAUAAACUUUUUUUUUUCCCUCUGGAAAAAGUGCUUUAUUGGGUUUAUUGGUAACUUCCACUAAUGGAUUUGUGGUGGGUUGUAGUUAUCAGCCCUUUUAACACAACAGAACAUCUGCAACUUGUACCAAACUGAGCCGUCCUUUUAUCUAUAAAGCUACAUUCAUAAGCCUCACUCAUCACCAAACUGACCUUACAUUGUUGAUUGCUCCUAUUGUAUAAUUAGAUGUUCUCAUCACUCUGGUAUUUCUAGUAUAAGGAGCACUUAAUUUCCUUAUGUGGUGCUGAUCAAUCUCUCUCUGGAUAUUUUAGUUCUUACGGAUGGGUAGGAACGGUUGAGCUGUCAUUUUAGGUGCACACUCAAAUUGGCAUUAGUGGUGGUUCCAGCUCUUCUGCCCAGAGCUUUUGUACUAGAAACUGUCAUUGCCUUCACUUGUGGGGGGGUUGGUAUCUUGUCAAUGCCUUCCUGAUCGCGCCCAACACAAGAACAUGUAAUGCGUGUCACAUGUAUGUUGUCCUACAUACCUGUAUAUUGUAACGCACCUAAAGGCAGGGGCCCUGGUGACUGAGCUUCUCGGCAGUGGGAUCGGAAGCUGUUGGUAACUGGGGGCCUGGGUGAGCCUAGAGUACUUAUAAGCCUUUUAUAUCCAUAUGUAACAGCAGCACUUAAGGAUGUUGAUAAUGUGUUUUACCCGGAAAAAAAUGUUAAGUAAACGCUAUUUAAAUUGAAACUAAUACAGAGGUAUUGGUUGUGUAUUUCCUGAUGGUGUUCAUUGUCUGGCAAGUAUUCCCUGUUAAUUCUUACUGGCCAAUAGGUAUAAAUGCUCUUUGUACCCAUCAGGCAAUGAGCAUUACUUGAGAGUACUUAUCAGCCAAUGAAAGAUCAGCACUAAUAUCAGCCAAUGAGCAUAGGUAGAAAGCACUAGUCAACCAAUGAGAAUAAAACGGAAGUGCACCACUAUCAGACUGUUUAAUUUCAAUUUGAAGUUAACCUUUUACCUUACAAGUUUUUUUUUUUUCAGGCAAAAACAUCUAGUUUGUUUAAAUCCUGAAUUUACUCAUAGAGGCCAGAAGAUUUAGCAGUUCAGUGUCCCAUUAAAGGGACACACAACCCACUUUUUUUUUUCUUUUCUUUCAUGAUUCAGAUAGUGCAUGGGAUUUUAAACAACUUUCUAAUUUACUUCUAUUAUCUCAUUUUAUUUUGUUCUCUUGGCAUCCUCUGUUAAAAAAGAUACAUAGGUAUAGGAGCUGCUGAUUGGUGGCUGCACAUAUAUGCCUUAUGUCAUUAUCUCACCCAAUGUGUUAACUGGCUCCCAGUAGUGCAUUGCUGACUCUUCAACAAAGGAUACCAAGAGAAUGAAGCAAAUUAGAUCAUAGAAGUAAAUUGGAAAGUUGUUAAAAAUGUUAUUCUCUAUCUUAAUCAUGAAAAGAAAAAUAGAUUAUAAGAAGUGAAGCUCAGGGGGUCAAACUGCAUUUUCAGGAUCCUCCCUGUGUUGUAUCCCUCAGUUAUCCAAGGAAGUUGCUGGUCUGCACAUGUCAGAUCAUGCCGGGCGACUAUGGGGUGGUCUGCACAUGUCAGAUCAUGCCGGGGCGACUAUGGGGUGGUCUGCACAUGUCAGAUCAUGCCGGGCGACUAUGGGGUGGUCUGCACAUGUCAGAUCAUGCCGGGCGACUAUGGGGUGGUCUGCACAUGUCAGAUUAUUCCGAGUGACUAUGGGGUGGUCUGCACAUGUCAGAUUAUUCCGAGCGACUAUGGCGAUGCUUCCACAUCCCGAAGGCUUUUGGUGCUAUAUCUACAUAUCCUGCCUAAAGCGGACCCAUGCCGUUAACUGUUUAGCCCACUGCUUAGCUUGCCCUGAUACACUGAUAGCCAUGGGGCAUGUAUAUGCCCAAGGACCAUAACGCCAGUGUGUACGCAACCUGUUACAGAUUUAAUCCCUGAACCACACACUAGCAUGUGUAGUAGCCCAGGGGUUAAAUGUCAAUCUCACCAUGUUGUGAUUCCCAGUUUCCCAGUAUUAAAGUGUAGCUGACUCCAGUUAUACAAGCUGACAAACAGGCCAGCACAUGAGAAUCACUCUCAGCCUAGGUUGUGCAUUAAUAGGAUUCUUCAACCCUCCAAAGCACACAAAGUAAUGGCCACAGGCUGCUCUACAGCAACAGAAAAAUGUAAUUUAGAGACAGUUUUGUUUUGCAUAGAGUGCCAAGCUAUAGACCAGAAUUCACUUGAUAAGGGACAUAUUAGUUACAUUUGAAGUGCAUGUAUUUCAGGUUUGGGUAGAGGCAUUUCUUGCAAUACACCUAGCAAAAUGCAUCUAGUAAAUGCAAUUGCUAUGCACGUGUUUGCUUUUACUGUUCUUGUAUGUGUAUGCACUCACGUUUACUGCAGUGACAUGAAACGCGCGCUAUACAUAUGCUCUGCAUGAUGGUGCACGGUAAAAGCUGUCACAAAAUUGUCACGUUUACUGCAGUGACAUGAAACGCGCUAUACAUUUGCUCUGCAUGACGGUGCACGGUAAAAGCUGUCACGUUUACUGCAAAACUGCACCUAUUCAAAACUGAAAUGCUGUGAUGUGAAUUCCAUUUGUGACUAUUAUGUAGCUUAAACCAGAUCUCAAACUGCUUCUAUGAGAUAGUAUUUGAGGGUUUGGUUUUGAUUGGUAAAAGAUUUAAAACAGUUAAAGGGACAUGAAACCCAAUAUUUUUCUUUCAUGAUUCAGAAAGGGCAGCAAUUUUAAACUUCUUUCCAAUUUACUUCUAUGAUCUAAUUUGCUUUGUUCUCUUGGCAUCUUUUGUUGAAAAGCAUAUAUAGGUAAGCUCAGGAGGAGCAAUGUUCUACUGGGAGCUAGCUGCUGAUUGGCUGCACAUGUGCCUCUUGUCAUUGGCUCAGCUAGCUCCCAGUAGUGGUGCAUUGCUGCUCCUUCAACCAAGGAUAUCAAGAAAAUGAAGCAAAUUAAAUAGAAGUCAAUUGGAAAGUUGUUUAAAGUUUUAUGUUCUAUAUGAAACACAAAAGAACAUUUUUUUUGGGGGGGGGUUUCAUGUCCCUUUAAUGAUCUGGAUUAAACGAGACAUAAUAGUGCACUAUCUCUAAAGCUUUAGUAAUGACCGCUCUGGAGUGGUAGUAUUGACCCUGAGCUGAACACAGCAGGUGCUAUGCACAUAUGUCUCUCCUGAUUGGUUUAUAGAUCAGGGCAUUGCCAGCACGGAGCAGAUUAAACUGUUUUUGAAGGGACAUUACCUGUUUGUAAUAUGCAGUUGUUUAGUUAUGUGUAGUAAACAUUACUGUAUACUUUUUGUCCCCCUUUCCUAUAAAGUAACCCAGAAAGCUUUAAGUUCCAUUGAAUUUUUAUAAACCUAUGGGCAGUGCCAUGUUGGAACCUAUGUUUUCCCUUCUCUAUCUUUUUUGCUAAGGGCAAUAAGAGUAUGUGCAAACGAUGCUGUGUGAAAACCCUGUUACUUUAACAAUCCGAUAUUUCAGGCAGCCUCGUUUGCACAUUCUUUUGACUUUUAUCAAUAGAUAAGGAGAAAUCCUAGGUUUCAGCCUGGUGGCUCCCAUUACUUAAUAGAAACUAAAGAACUUUACACUUCUGUCAAUAUUUAAGUAACUAAAACAAUAUAAAUACAUCUUUAUAUUCUUCUGAUCAUCUUUUGAAAACAUUAUAUCCAGCGUUUUAUUUACUGUUCAGAGUAUUUUUUACCCCUUUUCGCAGGGACUAAACACAGGAAUAUACAAUAGGAUAGUGAAAUGCAUUUUGCUUUUGCAUUAUGUCCCUUUAAGGACUUUUAAAGCCAUUUAAGGUGGAAAUGCCACAUUUUAUAGUGGCCGUGUACAGUGAUGCACAGGCUCAGCGACCAACAAACUUUAUACUAAGUGUUUUGUGAUCUUGCUGAGCACCUCUCGAAUCCACCAUUUGUAAAUAGUUUAAGCACAGGGGUAAAGUUAUCCCUGUCGAGCAAUCCCAAACACGUGGCAUAACUAGAUGCCAGAGGCAGGAAAGGUCAGACUUAGUAUUAAACAGAAGGGUUCUAGUAUAAUUCUAUAAUGCAAUCCAAAAUCAGAGCGCAGAAAUAGACUCCUACAAGGAAAAGCUAAAUCUUUUAUAUGCUAUUUUGUGCUACUUGUUUACAGAGAAAAUGUAUUUUGUUAUCCAAAUAAAACAAAAUGAUAAAGUC